GUUUCCCUCCUCCGCCAUUAUGUUUUCUAAGUGGAGUUGAGAGCAGCGGAGCUAGCUAAUCAGCUAGUUUAGCCUUCAGGCUGCGGACUGUUUUGGAAGGGAGGUGCGAUGGAUGGAUGCUUUGCCCCGCAACGUUUAAAUUUGUUUAAACAGAAUGCGCCGACAAAAUUUACCCAUUGAUAUACUCCGCGCAAUUGCGGCUAAUUCGCAACGUUAAUACAUGAUACAGGAGCACAUUUUUUCUUUAUAGUUAGAAGAUUAACGCUAGCAGAGGCUGUUUAAGUGGCUAACGUUACACAGCUAGCAGCUCCUCCUUGCUGUCUACCAUCGCAUUCUUGUGUCUUCUGCCCCAGGAAUGUUCUCCAAAAAGCCUCAUGGGGACGUUAAAAAAUCAACACAGAAAGUGUUGGACCCAAAGAAGGACGUGUUGACGAGGCUAAAACAUCUCAGAAUAGUCAUAGAAAAUGCAGAGCCUUCAGAGCUGAAACAGUUCUUUGACCUGAACUACUCUCAUAUCUACUAUGUCUUCUUUGAGAACUUUGUCAUCAUUGAGGUCAGCCUCAAGCAAAAAGGUCACAAGUCUCAGAGGGAGGAGCUGGACUCAAUUCUCUUCAUCUUUGAGAAAAUUCUCCAGCUUUUGCCCGAGAGAAUCCAGAGCCGAUGGCAGUUCCACAGCAUUGGGCUGAUCCUCAAAAAGCUGUUGCACACUGGGAAUUCUCUGAAGAUCCGUCGUGAAGGUGUGCGCUUGUUCUUGCUAUGGAUGCAGGCAUUACAGAGUAAUGCGGAGCGUGAGCAGCUCUGUAUGUUUGCCUGUUUGAUUCCUGGCUUCCCAGCUCCACUCUGCCAUGGGACCCCACGCACCCUGGACACUCUGAUCAACCCACCGCUGAGUUUAACAGAGACUCAGGUUACCCCAGAAGAGAUCACGCCAUUGGUUCCUCCCCAGUCAGGGGACAAGAACCAGGAAGACCUUACUGCUUACUUUUUAGAAGCGCUACUCAAAUACAUGGUAAACCAGGCCAAGUCUCUUGAGUGGCGUUGUAAAGAGAACCAUGAACGUGGCUUCAGCUUCCUCUUUGGUCACUUCAGGAAGUUUUACCUUCCUCACAUCUUUCCCAACUUCGCCAUGGAAACCAGCCUCUACAACCCAAUACUGGACGUGCCUCCGAUGCGUCCUAAGCCCUACUACAGCGUGGUGCGCAGGGAACAAGACGGUGGAGAAACCGUGUACUGCACCAAGGAGAGCUUUCUUCAAGCCCGAGUCAUCUUCAUCCGCUGGCUGGUUUCCUUCUGGCUCGAGCCACGGCCCAACACACACACAAACAUCCCAGGAACAGAGGGAGAGAACGUCCCCAAGAACAUACAGCGAGCAGCAGCCGGACUGGCAGCUCGCUCUGCAGGCAGCUCAGAUGACAGCGGCGGAGGUGGGAUUCGGUCAGACAGCCACCUUGAAGGUAGCGGGUGCUCAUCUGGAUCCGGCGGAGGUGGCAUUGGGCUAUCUGGGGGUCCAGGGUCUGGGGGUGAGCCUGAACAAAGCCACUCCAACACAUCCACGCUGACGGAGAGGGAGCCCAGCUCCUCCUCACUCUGCUCCAUGGAUGAAGAGCAGCUUACGGACAUGGAGGUGGUGAGGAGAGUACUGACCAGCUCCAGAACCAACGUCAACUUCAUCACUGAGAUCUUUAGACAGGCAUUUCUCCUUCCCAUGUGUGAAGCUGCAGCGAUGCGUAAAGUGGUCCGUGUUUACCAGGAGUGGAUCGCCAUGGAGGACCGGCCAGUGUUUAUGAAGGAGCCAGAGGAGGGCCCCUAUCCCACAACCAUCAGCCUGGAUUCUGGCUCUCAGAUGGGAGACAAGGAGGAUGAGGGAAUAAACAAGGCGGUUGACAGUGAAUUGCUGGAGUACAGCGUUCAUGCUGGAGUUCAGACCACACUACAGGUAUUUAUCACCCACUCCUCCAACGUUUUCCUAUUGGAGCCAGCCAACGACAUCAAGAUCCUUUUGGAGGAGCAUGUCGACAUGUGCAAGCGUGUCCUGAACAUCUACCGCAGCCUUGUUAUGCAUGAGACCAUGGACCAGAAAACAUGGGAGCAGGUCUUGCUGGUUCUGCUGAGGGUGACCGAGUCUGUGAUGAAAAGACCUCCAUCCAUCAUGCCCCCUGGCAAAAAGAACAACACACUAUCAGGCAGACUGGCUGGACCUAUCUUUCAGACGCUGAUAGUAGCCUGGAUUAAGGGGAAUUUAAACGUCUACAUCAGCAGAGAACUGUGGGACGACCUCCUCUCCGUCCUCUCCUCUCUUACCUGCUGGGAUGAACUGGUCACUGAGUGGUCACUCACCAUGGAGACCCUCACCAAGGUGUUGGCCAGGAACUUGUACAGUGUUGAUCUGAAUGAGCUGCCUCUGGACAAACUCAGUGAGCAAAAACAGAAGAAACAUAAAGGAAAAGGUAUAGGUUCGGAGGGCCAGCGGCAGAUUGUGGAUCGUUCCUUCUCUAAAGGCUGGAGCAGAGACCAACCAGGCCAGGCAGCAGCCAUGAGGCAGCGAAGUGCCACCACCGCUGGCUCCCCAGGCAUCGAAAAGGCUAGGAGUAUUGUUCGCCAGAAGACUGUAGCCCUGCGUAGCUGCUCUACGGGGGACUCUCUGCUGUCCUCAGCCUUUAUCCGCAGUGCUAAGAGUGCUCCUGCUCUGGCUCCGCCUCUUCCUGUCCUCCUCCACCACCACCACCCUUUACUACCCCCCCUUGCCGACCAGCUGGCAGACCUUGAGGACCCGCCAAUCACACUGACAUCUCGCACCUCUCGAAUGCGCCACUCUUCCCAGAGCGAGGAGGCCCCUCCCACCUCCUGUUCUGAGGUCUUCCAGGGAGGGGCUUGUGACCUGGAUGCCCAUGCCCCUUCCUCCCUCGCAAGGAGCAGCAGUGCCUCUGACAUCAUGGAGCCUUUCAUCGUUGAGCGGGUCAAAGGUGAAGACCCCCAGAGGGAUACCACUUCGAUCCCGAACCCCCCCCACCUCCACUCCACAACUUCUUCCUUACUCGCAGCCAACAACCACGCAGCUCACCCACUCCCACACCCCCUCACCUCCCCCUCUCCCACCCCUUUCACCUUCUCCAAUGGUGUUGUUUCCUCUGAGAGACAAGAUGAUGGUAAUGUUUAUGACCAGUUCUGGCACCAGAUUGGCUCUCGAAGCCGAGUUUCUAGUACGGAUUGGGUAAGCGACUGGGAUUCUGCCUUUAACUUUUCACCUGAAAAGGAAAUUGAUGUAGAGGAGGGUGAAAUGGGGGCUGGGGUAGAGGAGGAUGAUUUAUUCUCCUCUAUCAGGGACUACCUCACUAACAAAGGAAGUGAAAGGAAGAAGGAGACAGGAGAGAGAGAUGGUCCUGGUCAUGUACUAGAAAACAGCGUUGUAACUUCACCUGUGCAAACGGGAGUUGCUAGAACACAAAUGGAAUACACAGGACAGGCAGGAGAGGCAAGACAGGUGGUGAGAGACUACAGGCAGACUUGUAAAGAGGACAGACCGGUAAGUAAAUCAGUGAGACAUAGCAGUGUGGAUUCAACAGAGGAGAAUGAAGCAGAGCAGCGAAGCAUCUAUGAGUGCCUGGAGUUGCAGUGUCAGUGGCCCUCACCCAAUGCUAAGGGGACUGCUAGCUUAGAAAGACACAGUGGGGAGAAAAAGGAAGAAGGGAAUGCAGGAAAGGCAGAAGGAUGGGAAGGGAAAUGUGAUGGAUGGAGGGAAAUGGCAGAAGAGAAACAGGGUGAUAAAGAUGCAGCAGCAAACGAGAGGUCCAUUUUAAUUAGACAAGACACUACCGCAGUAGAAUCUAGCACUGAAUUAAAUCAAACUUCAGACCCAACUAAAGCCAAGAUGUCCCGUAUCAGCACCAAAAGGCACCAUUCUGGGGGUGUUCAUGUCAGCUUCCGGCCCUCGACUGAGUCAGUACAGUUCCACAACCCCCUUGAGAGUAAAGAGGCCCACUGGAAAGCCAGGCUGCGCCGCCUCAGUCACUUCCACACACACAGCCACUCAGCUGGGGAGAGGCCUGGAGCUGGAGCAGGGUCAGGGGCAAAGCUGGGCACAGGAGGUGCAGGUAAGUUUGGCUCUGUGGCCUCUGGGACUGUUACUGAUUACAGCGGUGCAGGGAACGCAGCAAUUGCUGAAGACCUGGAAAACAGGGCUGGGACCGGAGGGGACAAGGACAAGCAACAUCCCGGAUCCUGUGUGGGAUCCAACCUGGGCUCUGAGGCUCACUCAGAGGGGUUAUCAAGCAGUUCCGGUUUCACUGGCGGGUCGUCAGGUGUGCGUGGCCGAUUGGGACGUUCCGCCUUGCGAUCUCGAGCCUCCCGCUCACGGUCCCAGGAGCCUGGCAGCUCUGCCUCACGCCACCACCAGGGGGCUCUUCUUGGUGGCGUCUAUAAGACUGUUGUUCACGCUCUGUCUUCGAAGCCACGGCCCCGAGGUCAGGGGUCAUCCCAAGGCUCGUCGCCACAGCGACAGGGCCGGGCCACCAUGGGUGACGCAUCGCUCAGAGAUCUCUACUCCCAUGUCCUGGGUUACUUUGGGCGAAAGACGACAACGCCAGCUAACAAAGAGGAGGUGGUCCAGAAAGCUCGUCCAGUCUCCAGUGACGUAGGAAGCACCAACCCAAACUUCUCUGACCUCAUGGAUGAGUUUAUCCAGGAGAGACUGAGGGCCAAAGGAACAGCGGGCCGUCGUGGCAGCAGCCCGGGAAGUCUGGAGGUUCCCAGGGACCUGCCGGAGCUCCUGGAGGCAGGUCAGAGUCCUGGAUCACGACCCUCAGAUGAUCCCCGUCCUAUUGAUGAUCCGGGGGUUCCCUCAGAAUGGACAUCACCUGCAAGUGCCAGCGGUUCUGAUGUCAUCAGCUCAGACAGCCAGUCGGACUCCUUUAAUGCCUUUCAGUACUCCAACUGCAAGUUUGAUAAUUUUACUUUCAGUUCAGAACCAUGUGGAGGAGGUGUUGGGUCUGGGGGAGGAGGUCAAGGCAGUUCACUGGACCAAGACAGCCUGGGAGGGGGAGUGGCCUGUGAUGAACAUGAAGUAGCCAGUUUGACAACACUUCACAUCGACUCGGAGACCAGCAGCCUUAGCCACACUGUAACUGUUACAGGUUCUGAGAGUGCAUCUCCCAUGCAUUCCCUUGGGGGCUCUCGCUCCCAGACGCCCUCCCCUGCCACACUGACAGCAGAGCACGCUGAUCAUGCACACUCCCACUCACACACACACCUACAGCUGGACCAGAAGCUCCACAACUCUGUCCUGCAGACUCCAGACGACCUGGAAACCAGCGAGUUCCCCAGCGAGGACUGCAGUGUCAUGGCGGGUGGUUCUCUAACUGGAUGGCAUUCAGAUGUUGCCACGGUAAUGUGGCGGAGGAUGCUGGGUAUCCUGGGGGAUGUUAAUAGCAUCAAAGACCCAGAGAUCCAUGCUCAGGUCUUCGACUAUCUGUGUGAACUGUGGCAAAACCUGGCCAAGAUAAGAGAUAAUUUGGGCAUUUCUCUGGACAACCAGUCAUCUCCCCCACCCCCUGUUCUGAUCCCACCCCUGAGGAUCCUCACCCCCUGGCUCUUUAAGGCCACCAUGUUGACAGAGCGUUACAAGCAGGGGAAACUUCAUGCCUACAAGCUGAUCUGCAGGAUCAUGAAGAGAAGGCAAGAUGUUUCUCCAAACUCAGACUUUCUCACACACUUCUACAACAUCAUGCACCAAGGACUGAUGCAUCAAGACCAGGACAUUGUGAACACCAUCAUAAAACACUGCAGUCCAAGGUUCUUCAGCAUUGGUCUACCUGGAGCCACCAUGUUGAUCCUGGAUUUCAUCAUUGCAGCUUCUAGAGUCACCGCCUGCUCAUCACUCAAUGCUCCAAGAGUGGAGGCCCAGAUCCUGCUGGGAUCUUUGGUGUGUUUUCCCAACUUGUAUGAGGAGCUUUCAGCCCUCCAUCCCACUACAGCCGACGUGGUGCUUACCAAGUUUCCUGACGUCAAGGAGCACAUUAUCAAAACCAUCCUGACCUCUGCCAGGGAUGAACCCUCUGCUCCUGCUCGGUGUGUGGCUCUGUGUAGUCUGGGUAUCUGGCUGUGCGAGGAGUUGGCUCAUGGGACUCAACAUUCACAGAUUAAAGAUGCUCUCAACGUCAUCUGUGUUACUCUGAAGUACUCCAAUAAGAAUGUAGCGCUGGUGGCGUCAGACAUCCUUCACCUCCUGAUCAGUCACGUAGAUCAUCUUCAGACAUUCCCCCCUGACACUCCAAAGAAGAUCGUUGAGAUUUUAAUUGCCACCAUCACACACUUGCUGCCUACUACCGAGUCUUCUCCUCAUGAACUGGAUAAAAGGCUCGUAGUGUCCCUCCUGUUGUGUCUGUUGGACUGGGUGAUGGCUCUGCCUCCAAAGACUCUUCUUCAACCUGUUCAAACACGAAGCCCUCCAGAGAGGGACCAGCCUACCAAGACUCUGCUCAGCUGUAUUUAUAAGGUAUUACAUGGUUGCGUGUAUGGAGCCCAGUCUUUCAACAGUCCCAAGUAUUACCCGCUGCAGCUGUCGGACCUGUUGAGUGCAGACUAUGACCCGUUCCUGCCAUUAGAGAGCCUCCGAGAACCAGAACCACUGCACAGCCCGGACUCUGAACGCUCCAGCAAACUGCAGCCUGUCACUGAAGUUCGUAGCCGUAUUCAGCAGGGCCUGGUUUCCAUCGCAGCGAGAACAGUUAUUACACACUUGGUGAACCAUCUAGGACAUUAUCCAAUGUCUGGAGGGCCUGCUACUCUGUCUAGUCAGGUGUGUGAAAACCAAGACAACCCAUUCUGUGAGAGUGCAGAUCUUGGGCCAGAGCUUUUCCAUUCACCAAACCUACAGUUUCUGGUUCUGAAUGGCUCCACACUACUCUCUGUGUAUCAGAUCCGAUCAGAGUCUGGUGUACCAGGAGGCGGAAUGACAGCUGGUUUGUCCUCUGCUCCUGCUUGCGUUCGUGUCAUCAUCCGAGAUGUAGCCGGAAAACACUCUUGGGACUCUGCUGUUCUCUACGGGCCUCCACCAUGUUCCCCAAACAGCCCGACACACGCAUUCAUGUCACACACACAAACACCUCAGAGUGCGAAUCUUCAUUUACACACUCCACCAGGAGGUCCGCCGAAAAAGAUGGGAGUGAAUCGAGAAGACAGCGAAGAGGAGGGGCAGGAGGAGAGCGUGGCAGAGGAGGGGGGAAGAGGGAUGGAGGGUGAAAGGCAAGGGUUUCAGGGAGAGGGCGAUGAGGAAGGGGAGGAGAGGAAAGUCACUGAGGAGGGGAUGGGAGAUCAAAGAGGAGGUGAAGGAGAAGAGGAGGAGCAGGAGGAGGAGAGGAUAGAGCUUAGGAUGGAUGGGGAGGGGGUUCGAGGGGAGACAGGCUUGGAACAGCUUCUAGCUCCGCCCUUGGCUAAACGUUUGUGUCGGGAGGCGGUGCCAGCAUGGGACUCACUGAGGGAGGGAGACGAUUCACUGGAUGAAAUGCUGCAGUACCUGGGAUACUCGAGUCCUGAGUGUCUACAGAGAGCAGGCAUGCCGCUCAACAUCCCAGCCGCUCCUCCAGCGUGUGUUUCAGAAAAGCAGGAGAAUGAUGUGAUCAAUGCCAUCCUGAAGCAGAGCGCUGCUGAAAGAGAGUUUGUCCUUCAUAGAGGCGAGGAGCUGAACAUGAGGGCAGUGCAGCAGACUGAACCAGAGACUGAGACACCACAGUCAGCCUUCUACUACUGCAGACUACUGAUCAACAUACUGGGACUCAACUCCUGGGAGAAGAGGAGUAACUUUCAUUUGUUAAGGAAGAAUGAGAAGUUACUAAGGGAGCUGAAGAACCUGGACUCACGGCAGUGCCGUGAGACUCAUAAAAUAGCAGUAUUUUAUGUGGCUGAGGGCCAAGAGGACAAACACUCUAUACUAACCAACACAGCAGGCAGCCAGGCUUAUGAAGACUUUGUCUCUGGACUGGGCUGGGAGGUGGACCUCACUACUCACUGUGGCUUCAUGGGAGGUCUCCAGAGGAAUCGCAGCACAGGCCAGACUACGCCUUACUACGCCACCUCCACUACAGAGGUCAUCUACCACGUCUCCACCCGCAUGCCCCACGACCAGGACCACAACCUCACCAAGAAGCUAAGACACCUGGGUAAUGACGAGGUCCACAUUGUUUGGUCAGAACAUUCCAGAGACUACCGACGAGGGAUCAUCCCCACUGAGUUUGGAGACGUGCUAAUCAUCAUCUACCCCAUGAAGAACCACAAGUACUCCAUCCAUAUACUGAAAAAACCUGAGGUGCCAUUCUUUGGUCCACUGUUUGAUGGUGCCAUAGUGGACAUGAACAUUUUGCCGACCAUGGUCAGAGCCACAGCUAUCAAUGCCAGUCGAGCUCUCAAAUCCCUCAUCCCCCUAUACCAGAACUUCUAUGAGGAGCGAGCCCGAUACCUAGAAACCAUCGUACAGCACCACCAGGAGCCGACCACAUUCGAGGAUUACGCAGCUCGAGUCUACAGUCCAGCUCCCUGCACACACCUGCCCUCUGACACAGAGGAGCAUAGUGAUAUGUAUAUGAUGGUCCCUAAACCACUAGACAGCUUUAAUCUGCUCAGGGUGAAGGGGAAGGGUCUGAAGCAGAAGGUCCUUCAUGCUAGCUGUGAAUGGCUCCUGCCUAGAGAUUCUUCGGGCAGAAAGUCCGGCUCUUGGGGAGGCCGGGAGCGACUCGGCGUCCCCCAUGUCUCCUCGGACUAGCAAGAGCCGCAUGUCCAUGAAGCUGCGACGCUCCUCUGGAUCAGCCAAUAAGACUUAAGAUCUCUAGAUUAUAUGGCCCGGUCCAAACUGAACAAGCCAUCAGACACUUAGUCUGUGAAAGAUGUUUGGUCUACAGCUGUGCUUAAUAGAAAAAAGAAAUUAAACAUGACAAACCUUAACAUGAUUAGAAUGACUGUUUUGGGGACAUUCACAUAGAUAUUCAUUUCCAACAGGAAAACCAAUGGGUGGUGUUCUCAGUAAUGAUAGUAACCAUCAGGGGUGACUGUAGAAUUUGACUUAACCUAAGCAUAAUGCUUUGUUACCCAGUUGUUUGUUGUUGUACUCUCAAAAACCCAUAUAAUAGUAUUUUGUAAACUAUCUUACACUGUAACUUUAUUUUGAAAAUGCUCACAGCUGCUGAAUUUAUCCUUGGCUUUGUUCUAAAAAAACAACAACUCAGAAACCAGUUGAAUCAGUGCUGCAGCAUGCUGAUCUUUGCCACAGUAGAAACAGCAGAACAAGUGCAGCCUAAGCAGUGCAGUAUUAGUUCAUAAUAAUCUGUGCCAUGUUAGAAAUUGCACAAACUCCAGUGUAAACGUAACUGCUAAAAAAAAAAGCUUAACUGUGCCACAUUAUACGCCGUUCUUUUUGGAGAGCUCGUUCAGUGAGAUCAAACUGCAGAACAGAGAGAGGUUGAACGUUGCUUUGGGGAAUCUGUAUAUUUGUACUAUAGUCAGUCCAUGUGUGUACAGACAAAAUUAUGAGUUUUGAUAUAAAAAAAAAGAAAGCAUUCAGAAUGAUUGCACCUACAGUGUUGCAUGGAGAAAGCAAGAUAAAGGUAUAUUUUUGUUCUCAGUAUAUUAGGCCUAUAAACAUGAGGGCAGGGGUCAGUUUGGAGUUAGUCCUCGUAACAUGUAAAUAGAAAUUAAUUAAUUUGCUAACGAUAAAACAGAAACGUUGGUCGUGGAUGUGGAUGUGGCAACGCUCUCGAGCCAAAUAUUUUCUCUGUUUAAAUCCACCCCCCCCCCCCCUUGAACUGUUGGGGCUGAAAGCUGACCCUUUGAGUGAAGACAUAUGAGAAUCGGUGGUAAAGUAAUAAUAAGGGAGGGAUUAUUUGUUUUUCAUAAAGGAGAGAAAUGCGCCUUCUAGAAAAUGAAUAACAGAAACUGAUCAAAGAGAAAGCACUUGUUGCAUAAAGUGUGGACUUUUUUUGUGCUCUUGUUGUAAAAUGUGGACAAGCACUGAUGUUAAUUGCAUUUAUUUUCCUAUUUUUUUUUUUUAUUGACUGUAAAAUGUGUUUUGACCCGAACAAGAAUGUUGCUGUAUUUUUAAGUUCAGUGUCACUCCGUCAUCUGAGGAGAAACCACAGCUUUUCUUUUUGUUCCUUUUAGCUAUAUAUAUAUUCUGUAUAUCUAUAUAUGUAUGAGUAUAAAUAUAAAUAUAUAGUAGAUAUAUAAUAUCUAUAGGGAUGUGUACAGUGUGAGGAUGAUUGCUGUGUAUAUACUGUUAUGUUACAAUAGCUGCCAAAGCCAAACUGUGUUUUAACUUCGAUCCACAUAUCUGCUUAAAUUGGGUUGACACUACAAGAUGUUAUGCUUUACGUUUUACGGUUUUUCCUUUUCAUAACCGGUUUUCACUUCAUUCUUUAAAGGUCAUUUCAUUUUAGCUCAAGUACUUUUCUUUACUGUUGGUAUGCGUAACCUUAGUACCACAGCCAGAUUGGGCCCUGAGUCUUUUGUGGCAGGUUUGGCUGUUAUUGGUGAUUAAUGGUGGUGGAAGGAGGAAAAGCAAAGUGUAUAAAGGAGAGAUACUGUAGAGCUGAGGCCAAAGAGGGGGAGAAAGGAAAGAGAUGUCAACUUAUCAUCAUUUAACAUGUAGAUAUGAAUUGUUUUUUGUGCUGCUUCUUUUUUCUUUUCUUUUUAAACUCCGCUCUCAUAUUUAGACUCAUCCCCAGUUCCAGUCCUGGAUGGAGGGGAUCAGCAUGUAAUCACAAUCCAGAAAAUGUAACACUACCAUUUAUGUAUUUAACUUCCUCGUUUCAGCACUCCCAUGAGUUUACCUCAACUCAAAUAAAACUGACAUGGUUUGAAA